CGUUCCCAUUAGCAACCGGAGGCUUCCAAACAAGCUGCCCGCCCUCCGCAUCUUCUGCGGCCCAGCCACCCUCGGCGAUCCCCGCGCUUGACGGGGCUCCGCCUGGCCUCUCGCGCUCCUCCGGGCUGCGACUCCCGCCGCCGCCAUGGCAGAGCUGGGCCUAAAUGAACACCAUCAAAACGAAGUUAUUAACUACAUGCGUUUUGCUCGUUCCAGAAGAGGCUUGAGACUCAAAACUGUCGAUUCCUGCUUCCAAGACCUCAAGGAGAGCAGGCUAGUGGAGGAGACCUUCACCGUGGACGAGGUGUCCGAGGUCCUGAGCGGGCUGCAGGCCGUGGUCUACAGCGAGGUGGAGUCUGAGCUCAUCAACACGGCGCACACCAACGUGUUACUCCUGCGGCAGCUCUUCUCCCAAGCCGAGAAGUGGUACCUCAAGCUGCAGACGGACAUCUCGGAACUUGAAAACAGAGAAUUAUUAGAACAAGUUGCCGAAUUCGAAAAAGCAGAAUUUACGUCUUCGAAUAAAAAGCCCAUCCUAGAUACCCUGAAGCCAAAGCUUGCUCCACUAAAUGAGGGCGGAACAGAACUCCUGAACAAGGAAAUUGAACGACUUCAAGAAGAGAAUGAGAAAUUGAAGUCGAGGCUGAAGACCAUUGAAAUACAGGCAACACAGGCUUUAGAUGAGAAGUCAAAACUGGAAAGAGCACUGCAGGACUUACAGCUUGACCAAGGAAAUCAAAAGGAUUUUAUAAAGGCCCAAGACUUGAACGACCUGGAAAACACAGUUGCUGCUUUAAAGAGUGAGUUCCAGAAGACACUUAACGACAAGACAGAAAACCAGAAGUCCCUGGAGGAGAAUCUGGCAACAGCCAAGCACGACCUACUCAGGGUCCAGGAGCAGCUGAGCAUGACUGAAAAGGAAUUAGACAAGAAAUUCCAACAGACAGCAGCUUAUCGAAACAUGAAAGAGAUUCUCACCAGGAAGAAUGACCAAAUCAAAGACCUGAGGAGAAGACUGGCCAAAUACGAACCCGAAGAUUAAAACCCAAAGAAGAUUUCUUCUGGAAGCUGCCACAGCAUAAAAACUUUGCUUCUACUAUUUAGAACUAGACUCCCUAUUGCAGCUACCUGAUUGAGCAGAGGGGAGCCUGCUGCCUGAUCCCAGCCGGCCGGCCCAGACCCCUCUGCGAGCAUUCCAGGGCCUCCGUUCCGAUGCAGUGAGAACUCUUUGUGGUAAAGAAGAGAUUUUAGAGCGGGAAGAAGAGCCUUCUCCUUCCGCAUUAGCACAAAGCAUAUACCAUUUCAGUAAAUGUUAAAAAUAAAAACAGUUAUUAAAGAUAGUUACUACAAAUAAACCUUAUUUUUCAAAAUCUAA